AUCUGCGGUUAUGAUAAUUUGACAGUGCCAUUGAGUAAGAAUUGGAAAGAGAAAAAUCCAAUCCAUAGAUUUUAUUGAUUGAAACACAAUCAAAGAAUGAAGUCUCGUGAAGCUUUUUAAAGUCAGAGGUACUGUAUGCUGCAGUUCUUGUGAGCUGUCAGACCACCUGUGAGGAAAUGUCUGACGAAGCUUCAGCAAUUAAAACCUUAGACUGGCCGGGUAGAGUGCAUGGUCCCAGGUUAUCAAUAGCGUAGCCUUGUGAGGGGUCAGUCUCUGAGGCUAAGAAAUAUUCACCCUGGGGACAGCUGGACCUAGCAGGGGCAAGUGUGAGGGCAUUUCUCUUUUUCUGGAGCACAUCAAUAGAGACCAUAUAUAGAGAGUCUAUCAGAUGUGAGGUCUGACUGUGAAGAGACAUCUAAUCACAAUAGUUUUCACUGCCCCGUCUGAAUUACUUCUCUAAAUGUAGAUGUUAUCUGGAAUUAUUUUUUACAUGACACUUUGCUGUUAACAAGCUGUUAUUGGAUAAAUACAGCAAUUCUUUUUCACGGAAGUCAUAUGGUAAGCAUUCAUACUGUGCCUUUCAAAGUGCAGAUUUGCAAUGUACCAUAUGUUCUAUGUUUUCUGUUUUCUCUGUUGAUUUAUCUUACAUGCAAUUUGAUGCUUAAGGGGUUAUGAUUUCAUCCAUACAAUGAACAGUCAGUUUAACCAAACAACCUUUUUACUGUUUUAGGUAAAGUAAAUAUAGCUAACUGCUUCUGUUUGGAAGGAUGUCCUCUUGUUGAAUUUACAACCACCACAGACUAUGAGAUUCCUGUCAGCCUGUCAACAAUGACACUGGAGUAUGUGCCAGUCAAUGACAACCAUAACAAUUAAGGGAGGGCCCACCUUUAUCAUUUUCUGAUGCUCUCCCGCUCCACACAACCACAGGCCUUGGAACACUACCUUUCAACUCCAAUUCACCAACCCCCCCAAACCCCCUGAGUGUGAUAGCAAAGCCACUCCCUUCACAGUGAAUUAUAUUUAGAGCCAUGCCACGCAAGACUUAAACCCACCCACCCAUUGGACUACUUAGACGCCACUCAGUCAUAAAGAAACAUCACUUUAGCAGUGAGCCUUAUAAUUCUCAACAGAGAGUGAGUGUUCUCAUCCUAGCUAACUGACACAGUGAAAGAGGGUGCUUACAGAGGUCCUAUUGGUUACUUUUACAGGACAAGAGCUGAAAACUCGUUGAAACCAUUUGGAGACAAGAGUGCUUAACAUUAGCAGUGUAGUGUCAUCACUAUCAAAGGACAUGGCCUUGUCGGGGACAGGAGUACCACAGUGUAGACUGUGAUAGCGACCUAAGUGGAGACGCCACUACUGGAUCUGCAAUUUCACUGGAGAUGAGCAUUAUGGGAAGGUUCCUGUUUCAAAUCUCUCUGUAAGACUGAGCCUAUGAGUGAGCCACUAUGGCGGACUGGAACUUGUUGGGCAAGCUUCUGGAGAGUGCCCAGGAGCACUCCACUGUAGUGGGCAAGGUCUGGCUGACCGUGCUCUUCAUCUUCAGGAUCCUGGUGCUUGGAGCUGCAGCUGAGAAAGUGUGGGGUGAUGAGCAGUCUGGCUUCACCUGUGACACCAAGCAGCCUGGUUGUCAGAAUGUCUGCUAUGACAAGACUUUCCCCAUCUCUCAUAUCCGCUUCUGGGUGCUGCAGAUCAUCUUCGUGUCCACGCCCACUCUCAUCUACCUGGGCCACAUCCUGCACCUGGUGCGCAUGGAGGAGAAACAGAAGCAGAAGGAGAAAGACUUGGCUGAGCAACUGGCCAUCCACAAUGACAAGCAGCAGCUGCUGCCUGACAUCAAACCCAAGAAGCCCCCCGUCCGGGACGACCUGGGCCGCGUCCGCCUGCAGGGGGUCCUGCUGCGCACAUACGUCUUCAACAUCAUCUUCAAAACCCUGUUCGAGGUGGGAUUUAUCAUAGCUCAGUACCUGCUCUAUGGGUUUGAGCUGAAACCUCUGUACACCUGUAACCGCUCACCCUGUCCCAACGUGGUGAACUGCUACAUCUCCAGGCCCACAGAGAAGACGAUCUUCAUCCUCUUCAUGUUGGCAGUGGCAUGCAUAUCUCUGGUGCUGAACAUAGUGGAGAUGUAUCACCUGGGGUUCACCAAGUGCCGUCGGUACAGACACGUCCAGACCCCAUGUGAGACAGGGUCCAAGGCCCCCAGCGACGCAGUGGUGCCUUCUGUCCCAAACUAUAACUACUUCCCUAGGCACCACCCAGCCCCUGAGCCCUACCAUGCAGACCAGUACAUCAUGAAUGAGCCUGACUCUGCCUACCACCCCUACAACAGCAAAGUGGCUUACAAGCAGAACAGAGACAACCUGGCCGUAGAGAUGAACAGUAAACCAGAAGGGGGUGACACCACAGAAAGGAAAGGCUCCAGUUCUGCUCCAGAGUCGCCCUCAGAGAAACAACGGCGACCCAGUCGAUCCAGCAAGCACAGCAAUAGUAAGACCAGACUAGACGAUCUGAAGAUCUGAGGGACAGUUAUGGCGCAUUUCCACCACUGGGUUUUAUACAGGUGCUUGGCCUAAAGGUUCAAACUUUUGUGUUUCCACCUUUGAGGUGGGGGGGGGGGAGUAUUGGGCCAUGGACCUACUGACUUGUGUCCAAAGUGGGACUUCUGGAGAAGCAUUAAAAUAAUGGUUAACAGUUAACGUAAUAAUUGAGCCGUUUCCUUCUCAAAAGCAAAUGAGUUUUCAGAGGUUGUUGAUUCUGCUCUGCACAAGUCCUCAUUGUAGCUUUGGAAACAAUUUCCGUAUUAUAAUACCAGGGUGUAUACACAAGCGUAACACCUCAUCAUAGUCAAAAAGUGUCAGUCGAAUUUGUACAAUAUACAUUUCACCCUGUACCAGAGUCGACAAUGUGUCUUUGAUGGAAAGCAUUGUAUCAGGAGAGCAAGGUUAGGGAAGGAACAAUAUGGAAGAUAAGAUUAUUUCCUCUUCUGACAUUCUUGAUCAGAAUGGGCCAUAUCUGUAUUAUCUAAAACAAUAUACAGUGGGGCAAAAAAGCAUUUAGUCAGCCACCAAUUGUGCAAGUUCUCCCACUU